AACCCAUUCGACAUCAGUCCCUGUUUAACCCGAUUCCAGCAUCUCUACCGCAGAUCAGCGUUUGCAACGAUGAAGCUUUGGUUAUCCGUAGUUUGUGUGCUAGGCUUCCUGUCCGGAGGAGUCUUCACCAUGUACUCGAGCAUCUCCAUCGGAUCGCAAGGCCUGAAUUCCAUGGCGGCCAGCCUGAAAAGCAUCGCACCCGUCAUGAACUCUCUCUACAAGAACUUCAACAAUGCUCGCAACAAAGUUAUGCCAACGAUUGACAACCUUGUCGACUACGUGAAUACCACCUACAAAACGAUGAACGAUUCCUAUGGUGUCUCGCAAUCCCAGAACAUGGGUAACGUGAUGAUGAAUUUGGAGUGGUUCGGCAAGCAGUUCUUCUAUGGUGAACAGCAGGUCACCUAUCAUCUGGGCUACGAUCUGAGCGCUCAGAUCUACGAGCUAAAAGACACCAUGGACCAAAUGCUUCAGUAUUACAAUCAGCUCAUCAUGGCCUAUGCUUAUCAACAAAAUGGGGAAACCUGUACCUCGCAGCUCGCAGCAGCAGCCGCCGCUAUUCCAGAUCAACUGGCCAAGUUCGGAACGUGUCUGCAGACCGAAGUGGACACCGUUCCAACUCUAGUGGCUCCUUUGCAGGACAUCUUCAAGCUGACCAAGAGUGACUUCAUUUCGCUCAACAAACAACUGAAGAUCUGCGCUCCCACCUCUACCAACUGCAUCAAUGAGUACUUCAAUACCAUCACCUACGAGCAAAACAAUAUAAACCAGAUAUUAUACAUGGCGUACAGCCUGCUCUAUAGCUACCAGUAUACAUUCAGAGAAAGCAAUCAACUGUGUGGAAAUUUGAUCAAACAAAACGUCCAGGAUAAGGCGAAUGAUUUGAUGGUGCAGUCGUCUCAGUGUAUGUACCCAAUGUGAAUGUGAAUGUGAACAACAUUCCCCACUAUGUUAUAUGCAGGAUAUAGAUGAAAUAAACGCAAAAAAAUGUCCGACGAGGCUGACUCGUUGGUGCAGUGGCUUACAGUGAAA